AAAGUUGAAAGCAUUCCAAGUAUUAUAAGAGUCGGCGGUCUCUUCACUGUUGAACAGGAGGAACAGGAGAUCGCCUUUCGUAUAGCCGUCGAUCAGCUCAAUAAUGAAGCCCUACUCUCACAACAAAAGGUAACUUUGGUCGCACAGGUCGAGAGGGUAGACAAUGUGGACAGUUUUCUAGCUCAACAAAAAGUUUGCGGACUUUUACGCAAUGGAGUGGUGGCUAUAUUCGGGCCGCAGUCGGCAAUCCCUUCAAUGCACGUGCAGUCCAUUUGCGAGACCUUUGAGAUCCCGCACAUCGAGACCCGUCUGGACUAUGAGUCCCAUCGCACAGACCUCUCCAUUAAUCUCUAUCCGCAUCCAAACCUAUUGUCCAGAGUGUAUAUGGAUUUGAUUAGACUGUGGGACUGGCAGUCAUUUGCCAUCGUCUAUGACAGCAACGAUGGUAUUAUGCAUUUCAAAGACUUUUUUGAGCGAUCAUUGAAUGAAAGCUGGAAUAUAAGGACAUUUCAAGUGAUGGAUGACAUCCCAUAUCGAGAUGUCUUUUGGAGAGUCAAACAAACAAAUGAGAAAAAUAUUAUUCUCGACGUUAGGAAAGAGAUAUUAGUGGAAGUCAUGAAUCAAGCACAACAGGUCGGACUCGUAACCGAAGAGUACAACUAUUUGAUAACAUCAUUGGACUUAUUAACACUGGAUAUGGAGGACUUCAGACACAGUCGGACUAACAUAACAGCCCUUAGGAUUAUUGAUGAAAAUACACCGGAGUUUAGGAGUUUAGAAGAGGAGUGGCAUAUCUAUGCCUCACGUUUCGGCAAAAGGCAUUUCCUGAGAGCUCCGGAAUUUUUCAAUACCGAUUCGGUUCUCAUAUACGAUGCCAUUAAAGUAUUGGUGAUUGCGUUGAAAGAGUUGUACACAUUUGAUGUCCAGCCUAUCAAUUGCGAGGGCGAAGAACCGUGGGUUCACGGGAGCUCUGUUAUCAAUUAUAUGAGACAAGUCCAGACCGAAGGUAUAACACGAGUGAUUAAAUUUGACGAUUUGGGUUUGAGGACAGCGUUUACUUUCGAUAUAAUCAGUAUAACACAAGAGGGACACGAUAUUACGGGAAAGUGGGCAUUUGGUCGCAUCGAGAAGAGCGAGUUGUGGAACAGACACCACGCAAAGUCGAAACAGGAUCUGCCGAUCAUUCGGGUGACGACCGUAAUCCAGGAUCCGUUCACAAUGAUUGUGAAGAACAAGGAUGAGCUGAAAGGGAACGAUCGUUACGAGGGAUAUGUCGUCGAUUUGGUCAACGAAUUGGCAAAGAUGUUGGAGUUUCAGGUUGUGAUCCAAUUGGUGGCCGACAGGCAAUGGGGCGCCAAGAAUGCGGAGACCGGAGAAUGGAAUGGAAUGAUCGGCGAAGUGAUGAACGAUAUCGCGGACAUAGCGGUCGCCGAUUUGGGCGUCAAUUCGGAGCGCGAGAGUGCCGUCGACUUUACGCUACCGUUUAUGUCGACCGGAAUCUCCAUACUAUACAAGAAGCCCAUCACCAAAGAGACCUCGUUGUGGUCAUUCUUGUCGCCAUUUUCGGCCAUUGUGUGGAUCUAUAUGUUGGGCACAUUCGUCGGCGUCAGUAUACUGUUGUUUCUGACGGGACGGUUCACUCCCUACGAGUGGGACAAUCCUCACCCGUGCCGUCAGGACGACAAAGUGCUCGAGAAUGUGCUUAACGUCCGCAACAGCUUCUGGUGUACCAUUGGGUCACUUAUGCAACAGGGAUCAGACAUCGCACCCAAAGCGAUGUCAACGCGAGUAAUAAUAGCCAUUUGGUAUUUCUUUACGCUAAUCAUCAUCUCCUCCUACACCGCAAACUUAGCCGCUUUCCUAACCAUUGAACACAUCCCCUAUCCGUUUGAAAAUGUUGAACAAUUGGCCGCACAAAACAAGAUUAAGUACGGCUGCACUAAAAACGGAGCGACGCAUAAGUUUUUCAAAAACUCCAAUAUAAGUACUUAUCAGAAAAUAGCCGAAAAUAUGGACAAAUGGGAUAUAUUUAUGGGCGGAGGAAAGGCAAGGAAUUACGUGGAUAAAGAGGAAGGCCGAUACGCCUACUUCAUGGAUGCGGCGCCCAUUGAAUAUGUUGUCGAGCGGUAUUGCAAUUUGACACAAGUCGGCGGACAACUCGAUAACAAAGGCUAUGCAAUCGCAACGAGAAAAGGGUCGCAUCUGCGGAACCCAUUUUCUCAGGCAAUACUCAAACUACAAGAGGACGGAGUAUUGCAUCAGUUGAAGGACCGGUGGUGGAAGCAGAAGGGAGGCGGACAGUGCAUCGCGAAAGCAUCAAGCUCGCUCACUGAGCUCGGCCUCAAGAAUUUGGGCGGCGUUUUUCUCGUACUUCUCGGCGGAUCCAUUGCCGCACUUCUCAUGGCUUUCUGCGAAUUCUUCUAUAAGAUUAGAAAAGAAAAUAAAGAUAAAGAGGAAGACAUUGUGGACGAACUGAUUGAGGACUUAAAGUUUGCGAUGAAAGUGCAAGUGUCGAGUAAACCAACCGCAGUGUCC